GAAGCCCUGCAGCUACCUCUGCCUCCACCUCUGCUGCGCCUGCACGGAGCCCUGGGAGGCCUGCAUUGACGCUGGCGAUGUUUGAGAAAGCGCGGUUCGGUGGGACUUUGUCUGCUGCAGCCAAGCCGAAUGUCAAUCUGACCAGGAGGCCUGUUGAGCGUCCCUCCAGCCCUGCCACAGUCCCGGCUGGGAGAAGCACUCCAUGCGCUACCCCACCUCAAGUGACGCCCCCUUCCAGUCCCAGAUUCUACAGGCCUGUCUCCCCUUUCUCUCUGCCUCCAUCCAGCCCUGUCAUGUCGGCGGUGAGGACCAGCUCUUCUCCUCUGGUUGUAUCAGAUACGAGUCCUGCUCCUCCAGGUCUCCUCCCUGCUCCUCCUGGUCCCCUCCCUGCUCCUCCUGGUCCCCUCCCUGCUCCUCCUGGUCCCCUCCCUGCUCCUCCUGGUCCCCUCCCUGCUCCUCCUCUUGCUGCUCCAGAUCAGUUCUGGCUGCCGGUGGAAAUGAGGAAGACCAUUCCCCAGCAGGACCAGCGCUGGAUUGCAUCCACGCUGUGGAGGAACCAGUGGCUGCGCCCGGACGUCCAGCUCUGGUAUGAGCCACCGGUUCCUGCCCUCAUAUACAACCAGGUCCCGUCACCAGACCACUUUUUUAUGCACCGGCUCCUGGUGUGGAUGCCCUACCACCUGUGGAAGGUGAGUCUGUCCUGCCCCAAGUGCAAGGGGCAGCUCACCGGGGCCGGCAUCCACAAAAGGGCACAGAAGGUCCUGGACGUGGACAGGUACUACCUGAUGGUGACGGAGACCCUCAGGUGCAACUCCUCCGGUUGCGUAUCAAAUUACCUGUCCAAGAGCCAGACCGUCCUGGACCAGCUGAGCUUGGCUCUUCGCGGGGAGUUCCGCCUCAUCCUGACCCGCAAGUAUGCGUGUGACAUCCGUGUCAUCCGGAUGCUACGGGAGAGGACCCUCGGCAACAGCUCCACACGCCUGGCCAAACAGCUGCGGGAGAACCACGGCGAGGAGUGGCUGCAGCGGUUGGCCCGCUACAUGGAGCUGGCCAAUGACUUUGCCCGCAGGCCCAGUCUCUUCCCUGUGGUCUGUCAGAGGCCCCCCGAGCCUAUCGCUGUCCCGACCAACAGGUGGCUCCUGACGGUGUACGGGAAGGACUUGAUGAGCCGUAUGGGUCACAUCAAGGCCAGCAUCACCUCCACCUUUGGCUCCAUUUUAAAAAUGGAUUCCACAAAGAAGCACUCUGAAUUAGUUUAUUCUGAUUAA